UUUCAGCUUCACCCUUGUAUAAUUUCAACUCAAUCCUACGUACUCCCGUCGACCCUUUCAACCUAUUUUCAAAUUAUGAUGAAGCAAAUCAUGGCUUCUUCGUCUUCUUCUUCGAAUAUAGUUCUUACGACCACUUUGGCUAUUGUUCUUGUCAUCUUUACAGGAAGCUGUUCUGCUCAACUUUAUCCCGGUUUCUAUCAUAAGAGCUGCCCUAAGGUCUUUGCUACUGUAAAAUCUGUUGUCAAAACUGCUAUCUCGAAAGAAAACCGUAUCGGUGCUUCUCUGCUUCGACUUCACUUUCAUGACUGUUUCGUCAACGGUUGCGAUGGGUCAAUACUGCUGGACGACACUUCUUCUUUCAGAGGUGAGAAGACGGCAGGCCCUAACAACAACUCUGCUAGGGGAUUUGGCGUUGUGGAUAAGAUAAAGGCCGAAGUGGAGCAAGUAUGUCCCGGCGUUGUUUCUUGCGCUGAUAUUUUAGCCAUUGCUGCUCGUGACUCUGUUGCAAUUCUUGGAGGACCCUAUUAUGAAGUUAAAGUUGGAAGAAGGGAUUCAAAGACAGCAAGCUUUUCUGCCGCCAAUAGUGGAGUCAUCCCUCCUCCCACUUCCACCCUCAGCAACCUCAUAAAUAGAUUCAAAAACAGAGGUCUUUCUGCCUUGGACAUGGUUGCCUUAUCCGGAGGCCACACAAUUGGAAAAGCUAGGUGCAGAGUGUUCAGAAAGAGGAUAUACAAUGAGACCAAUAUUGAUAGUUCAUUUGCCAAGGCUAGGCAGAGCAAGUGCCCAAGAAAUGCACCCUCAGGGGAUAACAACGUAGCAGAUCUGGAUGUGGCAACUCCCAACUCAUUUGACAAUCACUACUUCGUAAACCUUGUUAACAAAAAGGGUCUCCUUCACUCGGAUCAAAUCUUGUUCAACGGCGGAUCCACCGAUUCCUUGGUUAAACACUACAACGAAAACCCUAAGAAAUUUCAUUCCGAUUUUGUCACUGCCAUCAUCAAGAUGGGAGAUAUCGACCCGCUCACCGGAUCAAAGGGUGAAAUUAGGAAGCAUUGUGCUAGGGCCAACUAAAUACCUAUGUGUGUUGAGAUCAUAUUGAUUAAUUAAUUAAUUGUCGAGUAUCAAGUGUUUGAAUGUGGGUUUGGUUCACUUUUUCGUUUUCUUUUUCUUUUCUUUUCUUGGGGAUUCUGUUGGCAAGGAAUAAAGCUUGUUUUGUGAUUUGCAUAAGAA